CCCCUCGGCCCUGCGCCGCCUCGGUGUCCUUUGACCUCGAUUUCAAGCCAUGCGCUGAGCAGCGGUUGGUCCGGCUACCCUUAAACUUGAGUUGAAUCCACCCAAUGAAGAGCGGGCCUUGCGGGGACUGUCGGGAAAGGCGGCUGGACUAUAUAAGUAGCCUGCGGGGCGUACCCUCGCGUUGGGGUUGCCGUGCAGGGCUCUGCGGAAGACUCGUUGGGAGAGUGGCUUGUGUUCGCUAAGGCAGCGCCUCAGGGACGAUGGCGGAGGGAGACAAUCGCAGCACCAACCUGCUGGCCGCAGAGACUGCAAGUCUGGAAGAGCAGCUUCAAGGAUGGGGAGAAGUGAUGCUGAUGGCUGAUAAAGUCCUCAGAUGGGAAAGAGCCUGGUUCCCACCUGCCAUCAUGGGUGUGGUUUCUUUGCUGUUUCUGACUAUCUACUAUCUAGAUCCAUCUGUUCUGUCUGGUGUUUCCUGUUUUGUUAUGUUUUUGUGCUUGGCUGACUACCUUGUUCCCAUUCUGGCUCCUAGAAUUUUUGGCUCCAAUAAAUGGACCACUGAGCAACAGCAAAGAUUCCAUGAAAUUUGUAGCAAUCUAGUAAAAACCCGACGCAGAGCUGUGGGCUGGUGGAAACGCCUCUUUACACUAAAGGAAGAAAAGCCUAAAAUGUACUUCAUGACCAUGAUCGUUUCUCUUGCUGCGGUUGCGUGGGUGGGACAGCAAGUCCACAACCUGCUGCUCACCUACCUGAUAGUGACUUUCUUACUGUUGCUUCCUGGAUUGAACCAGCACGGAAUCAUUUUGAAGUACAUUGGAAUGGCCAAAAGGGAGAUAAAUAAGCUUCUCAAACAAAAAGAAAAGAAAAACGAAUAAUGCGUCUGCUUUACUGAGUGUAAUGAAUGGCAUACACCUUGUCCUUGGGAACAGUUUCUCUUAAUGCUGUCUGGAUUCUGAAAUGUUACAGAAGUACCUCCUUGCUCUCCCUCUUUCUGCCCUUAGUUAGUAGAAAUUCAGCCUUGCCAAGUAAGGCUUUAUGCAUAGUGUCUUCAUGUGAAGUGUAGCUGAAUGCAUUCUCAUCACUUGGCCUUAUGUGGACAAUUCGUUCGUGAGUACGACUUGUUUUGAUUUUUCUCACCCAGGUUCUUUGAAUUCUUACUUUUAGGCAACUUCUUUAAAAAUACGUAGUGGUGAACUUCACCUUUUAGUAUACUUAACUGUGACGUUGGAUAAUUGUUUCUGUUGAUCUUCGCUUUAGCUAGAUACAAGGUAGUGGUCUGUGGCUACAGGAAGCUGGUUCUACUGUCUGCUUCCACAGUCUGCUUAAACUGUCUGGCUCCAUGAAUACAGAGACCAAGUUUCCCGCUUCUGAUGAAGAGACCAAUUAAGAUUCAUUCCUCACACUGUUUCUGUACUGUGGGAGAAGAUCCUUCUGGAAUCAAAUGAAACCAAUUCCACACCCUAGUAUGUGUUGGCUUCUGCCUUGUGCAAAACUUAGCAAUUUGUAAGAAACACUGAUCCUUCUUCCCAAAUGGGGAGUGUGACAGGCUUAGAGCUCUUCUCUCCUUGCUCUGAGACUUCAAGUUAGUAGAUCCUUAAAGGCUUUUUAACAGCAGGCUUCUAAAAGUUUGUGUUAAGUAUUCUUAGCAUAUUUUUAACUUCAGAUUUUCCAGCUGACUGAAACUAAAGUAUAUAAUAGGUUAAGACUCAGGUCUAUGACCUUCACUCCAACACCAGCCAAUAAAGGACAGAAAUCUUACUAUAUGUAGUCAAGAUUUCAUUUCAGUAGAAAAUAAAUCUUCUCCCUACUAAUUUUUCAAGACCAGACUAAGCCUUUUAAAGGUGAGCCUCAAGAUUCUCAUUUGAAGGUAAUUGUGGGCUGCUUUGGUCCCCUUAGAUUGAGCAUACGAGGUGGUGACUAUGCUGGCAUCUGACUUUUUCCCUAGUUAUUUCUGUGAAGAAUGCAGGGGUUGUCGGGGAGAGCAGACUUUUGGCAACGAUAGGUGGCCUCUGGUCUACAGAGAUUUUGUAACUCCUUGGAAAGUAGAAUCAUCCUCCCUCUUGGUAGCUAGAAAUUUAGAAUAGUUGAAAACUGUAGGAAUUGAAACUCUGAGGGCUGAAAAUGUGACAUUUGGGAACAGUUCUUAAACUCUGAUUAAGUAGCUGUAAUAUAGUUUUGUGAAUUUAUUGCACUGAUGCUGUAAAACCUGGACCUUGUGGUAUAUCUGUCCCUAAAUAAGUGUUGUUUUCUCCCCUUCAAUAUUACUGUAAACAAUGGCAACCAUUGUAGCAUAAUGUUUGAUUUUUUUUUUUUUUUUUUAAUGUUCCAUAUGAAACCUACAAACUACCUUAAUUUUUACAUGUGUUUUCCAUUGUAGAUAAGCCUGUCUUGCUGUUUGGAUUUUUUUGUGUAUAUGUGUUCUACCAAUUAACUACUUUUGCAGUUUUAAUCUUGUAUUAUUUCUUCUACUUGGUUUUGUGUAAAAGGGGAACAAUAAAGCUGGAAUCCCUC